AUGACCACUAACGCGACAGCAUCGCCCCAUGGCGACUACAUUGCAUACAUGAAAAGCGGCUACCUCCUAAAACAAAGCAUCCGUCGCCGAGAACCGACAACACAAAGCGCCUGCAAACUCCCACUGGACGCGAAAGUCUCCACGCUGAAAUGGUCUGCCGACGGGAGUCAGAUUUUGAUCAAUCAUGACCGCGGACUACAAGUCGUGGACAGCAAACACCGCAGCAGCCGCGUGUUUCUUAAGAAUGGCACUGGUGGACUCGGACGCGUCGUGACCGCAGACUUCAUUGGGAAUGAGCACUUGCUUGUCGUGUGGGAGUUUGGAAAGGCGAAGCUCUGGCAUAUGAACAGUGGCAAGGCGGUGGAUCUACCAGAUUUCAAGACGAUGUGCGAUGGGCAGACGUGGCAGGUUCGACCAGGGAAUCGAUCGCCUCCUCUGUUCGCGGUGCUCUCCAGAAUCGGCGCAGAGGAUCAUCUGAGUCUGCAUUUUCCAUCUCUGAGACAGCCACCUCCACCAUCGAAAUUACCAACUAUUGAUGCUCAGAGCAUAUCCUGGUCGCCGGAUGGAAGAUGGCUUGCUGUGCUCGACGUACCCACAGCCAGCCAGAGUCUGCAUAUCUACACUCCAGACGGCCAUCUUUUUCGAUCAUACCCGAGCGCGAAGGAAGCCGAACUAGGCUUGGGUAUUAAGAGUAUCGCUUGGUCCGCCGACGGUCGCGUUCUAGCUCUAACCAAGUUUGACGGCCUGGUCGAGCUUCUUAACACAAAGACCUUCACGCGAAUCGCAAUGAUAGAACAUAGCACGACCAUCUAUCAGCACGACGUGGAAAAAGAAUAUCGGGCCCCAGUAUGGCAGGAGGCGGUGUCGGCGUCAAACGAACGAUCAUACACGCCACAGCAGCAGCCCUUCUCUCCGCCACUAUCCAAAGCAAAAGCCGGGUCUGAGCCCCAAGAUCUGGGAGUAGCGGAGAUCUGCUUCAGUUGUGACGACAGCUAUCUUGCCACUCGCGACUGCCGCAUGCUCAAUACCGUCUGGAUAUGGAACAUGGCAACACUGGGCGCGCAUGCCGUGCUAAUACAGCAUAGCAAUGUCCGUCGACUCAAAUGGCACCCAACUCGCCCUGACACGCUCAUGGUAGAUUGUGCCGAAGGCUUCGCACACAUUUGGAACGUCUCGUCUCGAGAACCGCCGCUCCCAAUCCCAACAGGCGGCCUCGCGAAAGCCAAGUUAACAUGGCUCGAAGGUCCCACAGAAGCCAAGCCCAUCAUAAUGGUGACAGAGCCCUCACGAUUUCAUCUCCUCUACCCAGAAGGUCAAGACGAGCUUUCAGAUCCAAUAUCAAGACGACCCAGCGCCGACGAAAGCGAGCAAUACGACGAGGGCAACAGCGAAGACUCCCUAUUCCAAGUCUUGUCCGGACGAAAACCCUUGCCGCCGAAGACGCAGCCGUCGUAUACGCAGAUGGUGGAUUUGGAGAUGGAGGGCGAGGACGACCUCGAUGGCGGUCUGGACGAUACGUUCAGGGAGAAGAGGAAGGCCGUGCAGCAGGUCCCGAUGGAGGUUGAUCCUCUGGACGACAGUGAGAUUUUCUAG